ACACAACUCACUUACACUGACUGUAGUGAGUAUAGGCAGGUGGUUUUUGCUUUACACAUCUUUAAAAAUUUGAGAGAUUUUGCUCUUCAGGUGGUAGAGUUAUUCAUAUUCUUUUUAAGUUCUUAAAUUAGCAAGCCUUCAAAACCAAAAAUGGAGUUGAAAAGAAGUGCAUCUUCUACGCACCAUUCUCUUAGCUCCUAUGAAAUCAUGUUUGCAGCUCUCUUUGCCAUAUUGAUAGUGCUCUGUGCUGGAUUAAUUGCAGUGUCCUGGCUGACAAUCAAGGAAUCACAACAAGGUGCAGCACUUGGACAAAGUCAUGAAGCCAGAGGGACAUUUAAAAUAACAUCCGGAGUUACAUAUAAUCCUAAUUUGCAAGACAAACUCUCAGUGGAUUUCAAAGUUCUUGCUUUUGACCUUCAGCAAAUGAUAGAUGAGAUCUUUCUAUCAAGCAGUCUGAAGAAUGAAUAUAAGUACUCAAGAGUUUUACAAUUUGAAAAUGGCAGCGUUAUAGUCAUAUUUGACCUUUUCUUUGCCCAGUCGGUGUCAGAUGAAAAUGUAAAAGAAGAACUGAUUCAAGGCAUUGAAGCAAACAAAUCCAGCCAACUGGUCACUUUCCAUAUUGAUUUGAACAGCAUUGAUAUCCUAGACAAGCUAAUAACCAGCAGUCAUCUGGCAACUCCAGGAAAUGUCUCAAUAGAGUGUCCGUCUGGUUCAAGACCUUGUGCUGAUGCUCUAACAUGUAUAGCAGCUGAUUUAUUUUGUGAUGGAGAAUUAAACUGUCCAGAUGGUUCUGAUGAAGACACUAAAACAUGUGCCACAGCUUGUGAUGGAAGAUUUUUGUUAACUGAAUCAUCUGGGUCUUUCCAGGCUACUCAUUAUCCAAAACCUUCUGAAGCAAGUGUUAUUUGCCAGUGGAUCAUACGUGUAAAUCAAGGACUUUCUAUUGAACUGAGCAUUGAUCAUUUUAACACAUAUUAUACAGAUAUAUUAAAUAUUUAUGAAGGCGUAGGAUCAAGCAAGAUUUUGAGAGCUUCUCUUUGGGACACUAAUCCUGGCACAAUAAGAAUUUUUUCCAACCAAGUUACUGCCACCUUUCUUAUAGAAUCUGAUGAAAGUUAUUAUAUUGGCUUUAAUGCAACAUAUACAGCAUUUAAUAGCACUGAGCUUAAUAAUUAUGAGAAAAUUAAUUGUAACUUUGAGGAUGGCUUUUGUUUCUGGAUCCAGGAUCUAAAUGAUGAUAAUGAAUGGGAAAGGAUUCGGGGAAGCACCUUUCCUCCUUUUACUGGACCCAAUUUUGACCACACUUUUGGCAAUGUGUCAGGAUUUUACAUUUCUACCCCAACUGGACCAGGAGGGAGACAAGAACAAGUGGGACUUUUAAGCCUCCCUUUGGACCCCACUUUAGGACCAGCUUGCCUUAGUUUCUGGUAUUACAUGUAUGGUGAAAACGUCUAUAAAUUAAGCAUUAAUAUCAGCAAUGACCAAAAUAUGGAGAAGACAAUCUUCCAAAAGGAAGGAAAUUAUGGAGAAAAUUGGAAUUAUGGACAAGUAACACUUAAUGAAACAGUUAAAUUUAAGGUUGCUUUCAAUGCUUUUAAAAACAAGAUCCUGAGUGAUAUAGCAUUGGAUGACAUUAGCCUAACAUACGGGAUUUGCAAUGAGAGUCUUUAUCCAGAACCAACUUUGGUCCCAACUCCUCCACCAGAACUUCCCACGGAUUGUGGAGGACCUUUUGAACUGUGGGAGCCAAAUACAACAUUCAGUUCUAUGAACUUCCCAAACAACUACCCUAAUCAGGCAUUCUGUGUUUGGAUAUUAAAUGCACAAAAAGAAAAAAAUAUACAACUUCAUUUUCAAGAAUUUGACUUAGAAAAUAUUAAUGAUGUAGUUGAAAUAAGAGAUGGUGAAGAAACCGAUUCCUUGUUCUUAGCUGUGUACACGGGGCCUGGUCCAGUAAAGGAUGUGUUCUCUACCACUAAUAGAAUGACUGUGUUUCUCAUCACUAACAAUGUGUUGGCAAGAGGAGGGUUUAAAGCAAACUUCACUACUGGUUAUCACUUGGGGAUUCCAGAGCCAUGCAAGGAAGACAGUUUUCAAUGUGACAAUGGAGAGUGUGUUCCACUGGUGAAUCUCUGUGACGGUCGUCUGCACUGUGAGGAUGGCUCAGAUGAAGCAGAUUGUGUGCGUUUUCUCAAUGGCACAAUGAACAACAAUGGUUUAGUGCAGUUCCAAAUCCAGAGCAUAUGGCAUACAGCUUGUACUGAGAACUGGACCACCCAGAUUUCAAAUGAUGUUUGUCAGCUGCUGGGCCUAGGGAGUGGAAACUCAUCAAUGCCAAUUUUCUCUACUGAUGGUGGACCUUUUGUCAAAUUAAACACAGCACCUGAUGGCAGCUUAAUACUAACACCCAGUCAACGGUGUUUACAGGAUUCCUUGAUUCUGUUACAAUGUAACCGUAAAUCUUGUGGAAAAAAACUGGUGGCUCAAGACAUCACCCCAAAGAUUGUUGGAGGAAGUAAUGCAGAAGAAGGAGCCUGGCCCUGGGUUGUGGCUCUGUAUUACGACGGCCGUCUGCUCUGUGGAGCCUCUCUCGUCAGUAGUGACUGGCUGGUGUCUGCUGCGCACUGCGUGUAUGGGAGAAAUUUAGAGCCAUCCAAGUGGACAGCAGUCCUAGGCCUGCAUAUGGCAUCCAAUCUGACCUCUCCUCACACAGUCUCUCGGUUGAUAGAUCAAAUUGUCAUAAAUCCUCAUUACAAUAAACAAAGAAAGAACAAUGACAUUGCCAUGAUGCAUCUGGAAUUUAAAGUGAAUUAUACAGAUUACAUACAACCUAUAUGUUUACCAGAAGAAAAUCAAGUUUUUCUUCCAGGAAGAAAUUGUUCUAUUGCUGGUUGGGGGAGAGUUGUACAUCAAGGCCUUACUGCAAACAUAUUGCAAGAAGCCAAUGUUCCUCUUCUAUCAAAUGAGAAAUGCCAAAAGCAGAUGCCAGAAUAUAACAUUACUGAAAAUAUGAUAUGUGCAGGCUAUGAAGAAGGAGGAAUAGACUCUUGUCAGGGGGAUUCAGGAGGACCGUUGAUGUGCCAAGAAAACAACAGGUGGUUCCUUGCUGGUGUGACAUCAUUUGGAUACCAGUGUGCCCUGCCUAAUCGCCCUGGAGUGUACGCCAGAGUCUCAAGGUUUACAGAAUGGAUCCAACGUUUUCUACAUUAG